UGCAUUUGCUCGUAAUUUUAAACGUGCUGUUCAAAACGUAAAAUUUACGUUUUAUAAUGGUACGUCCGAAUAACCAGCUGCCGGAGAAUCUUCCGCAGCUGCAAAAUCUCAUCAAGCGCGAUCCGGAAUCAUAUAGCGAUGAGUUUCACACGCAGUACGCACAUUUUGUCAGUUUACUUGAGAUUUUUGCACUAAAUCCCACUGAAGAAAACAAGUCGUUAGAGGAAAUUGUUAUGUUUAUUGCUCAGGUGGCACAAUGCUAUCCUCAUGUGUGCGAGCAAUUCCCUAAGAAGCUGACUGAUUUGCUUAGAAACAGUGCCACCGUAUUGGAUCCAGCGAUACGUAAUUGUUUUGUGAAGGCAUUAAUCCUGCUGCGCAAUAAAAAUCUUGUGCCGGCGCUGGAUAUACUGGAGCUAUUUUUCCAGCUGCUUCGCUGCCAGGAUAAAAACCUCCGUACCUUUCUACAAACGCACAUUGUCACGGAUAUUAAGAACAUGAACGCUAAGCACAAGGAUAUGAAACUGAAUUCGAGCUUGCAAAAUUUUAUGUAUGGCAUGUUGAAAGAUGCUAACCCUAAGGCAGCAAAGAUGUCAGCGGACAUUAUGAUAGAGCUGUACAAGAAGAACAUAUGGAACGACUCUAAGACAGUUAAUGUCAUCGCCAGUGUUGGGUGCUUUUCAUCCAUAACCAAAGUGCUAGUGACAUCUCUAAAAUUCUUCCUUGGUCACGAUGAUGAAGAUGAAGCUGGCUCUGACUCGGACAGCGAAAAUGAGGUGGAUCUGAAGGGCGCACUUAUGGCGAAUCGUGUUAACAAGAAAACCAGGAAGGGUCAAAAGCAACUGCAACAAAUCAAAAAGCAAGCGGUCAAAGCCCAAAAGAAAAAAAAGAACGCGCCUGCGUUCAAUUUCUCUGGUAUACAUCUGGUGCAUAAUCCACAAGGGAUGGCCGAAGGUCUCUUUAAGCAACUACAAUCCACUAAUGAACGCUUUGAGGUAAAGCUCAUGCAUCUAGAUGUCAUAUCUCGCUUGAUUGGAAUACAUGAUCUGUUUCUCUUUGGCUAUUAUCCCUACAUCACGCGCUUUUUACAACCACAUCAACGUCAAGUGACGCGCAUUCUCCAGUUCGCGGCACAGGCUUCGCAUGAGCUGGUGCCUGGUGAUAUAAUAGAGCCCAUACUAAAGACAAUAGCGAAUAAUUUCAUCACGGAGCGAAAUUCCAGCGAUGUCAUGGCCAUCGGAUUAAAUGCCACGCGUGAGAUUUGCAUGCGUUGUCCGUUGGCAAUGGGUGAGGAUUUGCUGCAAGAUCUAGCAAUGUACAAAACCUACAAGGAAAAGUCGGUAAUGAUGGCUGCCCGUUCCUUGAUUACGCUCUAUCGCGAGCAGUUGCCUGCGCUGCUGCAUAAGAAGGAUCGUGGGCGUCAGACAGAGGCGCAAGCGGAGCGAAAAGUGCGCGCUUAUGGCGAACGUGAUGUACAUGAUACAGUGAUGGGUGCGGAAGCGCUGUUAAAGGACUCUAAAACCAUAGACUUGGGCAGCGAUGACGACGACACGGAUUCCAAUGAUGGCGAAUGGGUAAACGUAACCCACAGCGAUGACGACGGUGCGGGGGCAGCAGAAAGUGGUGAUGAGGAAGACAGUGAAGAUGAGGAUGACGACGAUGAAGAGGAGGAUGGGGAUGAAGACGCAGCAAGUGUCAGCGAAGCGGAAGAGGCAGAGGAUGAUGAGAAAGCCAAUGAAAAGAAGAAGGAAAAAGCUGACUUAAAAAUGUUGAAUCAAAAGGAAGCUGCACAAGAGCUAGCGCUCACACGCAUUUUCACUGAUGCGGAUUUCAAGCGCAUCAAUGCGGCCAAUCUGAAGAAGACCGUUACAAGUGCACGAAAGCGACCGCUGGAGCAGGAACGCUCUGAAUUUGUGAAGCUCAACAGCAUUGAGAUGAUUUAUAAGAAGCGAAAGCACGAUAAGGAAUCGCGACUGGAAACCGUGCAAGCUGGGCGACAAGAUCGCGAACGUUUUGGUUGGAAGGACGGACGUGUAAAUGAAAACUGUUCUAAAACCAAUCGGGAGAAGAGCAAGACGAAGAACUUUGGCAUGAUGCGACACAAGGCGCGGUCCAAGGUUAAGAAGAGUUUCCGAGACAAGCAGCUUGCAAUGCGCAAGCAUCUCUUGCAACAAAAGAAAAUGAAGUAAAUGUAGUGUGGCA